AAAUCUAGUGUAUACAUCAUUUUCUUACACAUUUAUUCACUGGUGUCUCUAACCUGCAAGUUGCUCUUUAAAUGGUUUUAGCUCAUUUGAAGCUAAUGCAACAGCAUCUACAAUGGUUUGGCUUAUUGAAACAAAUGAGCCUGCAUGUUUCUUGCUGUUCUGAGUUUGUAUCUUUUUGGUAUAUUGCACUUAUUCUAAGUCCCUUUAGAUAAAAGUGUCAGUUAAAAACAAUGAAAUGUCAUGAUACAGUUGAAUCCCAAUUCGUACAACAACUAAUUUCUGAGGGCUACAAGAAUAACCACUGUUGUUGUUUUGUUGCCCUUCUUUAGCUUCUGCGCAACCACCAGACAUUCCUAGAGACCCUGACUAACUGGGAGCUGAUGGUGUGGGCCUCCUCCCUCAUCCUCUUUCUGUUACGGCUGGCAACCCUCGGCUCAGAGACAAACUGCAAAUACAGCAACUCCUCAGUGCUGCUCACUGAGCAGAUCAAUUUGUAUCUCAAGAUGGAGAAAAAACCCAAUAAGAAAGAAGAACUCAACAUUGUGAACAACGUUUUAAAACUAGCUACAAAACUGAUGAAGGAGCUGGAUAUACCUUUCAGACUGCUGGGUCUGACUGUGAACCCUCUGAUCUACAAUAUCACCAGAGUGGUCAUCCUGUCCGCUGUGUCUGCUGUGGUCAGCGACCUGCUCGGCUUCAACAUCAGACUGUGGAAAAUCAAGCCUUAAUGUGAAAAGAGCAAACCACUAACAGUCGGACACUGGAUACCAGAAGCUCUGUCCACACCUACAGCGUCUCAUCAAAAAAGUGCAAAUCUACUGUCUGUUAUUCAUUGUCUGUGCCUUCCAGCAGAAACGUCUGUCUCUCGAGUUUCAUCAGUCAUUCCCAAGCCUGAGAUGCUCUGACUAUUGCUCACACACAAUUGCUGGCGGCUCAGUUGGUGUCCAUCCACCACGCCACUAAACCAGUGCCUAAUGUUUUACCCCUUUUCAGUGUGUCGUUAAAUAUAGGGGUGAUUUUGAGGUCUGAGAUCAUUUCAGGCAUCUGUGGCAUCCAGAGGUGUAUACGCACAACGAAAUGUAAAUACAGACCUGGAGUGGAUAGUUUAUAUAGUCUUAUUCACUGAUGUUUUCCCAUCAGUAUAUUAGCUUGAUUUACAGUUAGUUUGUGCUAUCUGAAGCCGCUAAAUCAAAAGGGGCUGCCAGCUUAAUUAAAUGAAUUUUCAUAGGAAUUUGAUUUUUGUACUGUUUAAAAAGGAAAUUUUGUGAUUGUAAGAGGGCUUUAUUUAUUUGGGGGUCUAUUUUAGCACUUAAACUUGUAAUGGUACCUGUAAAUAAUGACCACUAUCUGUGUUUUGUGUCGAUGAUUAUUGUCAAAGGAAAUAACUAUGCCAAGUUUUGCUUAUAGAAAAUACUUGUUAGAGGUGAAUAAAUGUUUUUAUCUACCUAUCAA